AUGACAGUCCGUCGACGCCGUUGCCUCGUUCUCCCUCGGCGAAACCAAUUCUUGGUGGUUGCCGCCGUCUAUGUGUUUUUUUCGCUGGGAAUACUUCAUGAGAACACAUUCAACUUUUCAGGUGUCUCGCGGUGGAUGCAAGUAGCGGAAGAGGACGCUCACAAUUACGAGCAUUGGUCGCCGGAAGAAAAGCAAAAGCUGCGUAGACAAGAAGACGGGAGCUGGAUUAAGGAGACUCGAGACGAUCUCAAGCAUACUGCUCUGCUGCCUCAUAUUGAUGCAGUGGCAAAAGAGACGACAGGCCAAGUGAUCUCUACCGCACAGAGGUACUACGAUAGUGCCGUGACGGCUGCCGAUCGCAUUGUCCAAAAGAACAUUAAAAAUGUUGCAAAGAUUCGACGACAAUGGAGAAUAAACUGGGAACGAAACCGCGACGAGAAUCUGAAAAAGCUCCAAAAGUGGGAUGACAACCCAGUCUUUGUCUUGAGUUUGCCAGGUACCAGCACUCUGGCGACAUCGCGCUAUUUCAAAUGUGGCCUGGGUAGCGGCGGGACCAACGAUUUUGCCUUUUACUGGACUUCCAACGGCAAUGAGAGCAGCGAACAAAUAGAAAUUGGACGAUGCAUGCAAGAUAACCUGGAUGCAGGUAGGCCUCCAUUAGACGGCUGUGGCACGGCCAAAGUGUGGUCUUCCAUGGGAUUCGUGGCGCCCAAGGAGGAAAAGUGCUUCUUUCCGUCGAUAGACCGACGUGCAAUGGACGCCCUAGCCGAAGCGUACCCGGAAGCCACAAUCCUCCAAGUCACACAAGAUCCUGAAGAGUGGUACAGAUCAUCGUAUCGCAGAUUUCGGUCCAAUUUGGUAUCGUUUUGCAACAGAGACGACGGUGCCGUGCCCAUCCCCGAAAACAAAGGUGCAUCUAAAGCUGAAUGGGUUGCGUUUUAUGAAUGGAAUCUGCAAUCCGUGCGAGACUUUGCUGCGGCACAUCCAUCAAUUCACUACGUGGAAGUCGCUCUUGAAGAUUCCGAAACCAAUGCUAUCUUGCAGAAAGAGCUUGGCCUUCCUCGUCUAUGUUGGCAGUCCGUUGGAUCGGGGAGAAAGCACGCCGCGACGGAGGAAACAAAAAUCACAGAGCCACCCAGAGCACUGCUGCAAUCCACCUCUCCUUCGAAGAAGACUCCUCCACUGCAAUUUCCAAUCUUUGUAGCCAGUUUACCAAAAAGUGGAACAACGUCCACACAGCGCUUCUUCCAAUGCGGACUCAGUUACAACCAAGCGGGACAUCACUGGACACGCAACAUCACUACGGACGAGCCAUUGAGAAUUGGCAAGUGCAUGGAAUACAAUCUGCAACGCAAUCGGUCAAUAUUUGAGGAAUGUGGAGAUUUCAGAGUCUGGACUGACUUGGGAUAUUUCGACGAACCUCACAAUGCACGGGAGAGAAGGAAAAGAAAAAGGCAACAACAAGAGUUAUCCGAAACAGCACUAGAGGCAUCGAAGCAUGCACAAGAACAGCCACCCGGAUGCUACUUCCCAACGAUGCAUGGCGGGUUGGAGCAUUUCUAUCAGUCCCAUCCCAACGGCACAAUCUUGAAUGUGGUGCGAGAUGCUGAUGCUUGGUAUGACUCUGCGAUGAAUUGGAGAAAGCUACCCGAACGCAUGUCGAGGGGGUGUAAAGGAUUCCCACCUCCUGGUUCUUCUCCCGAAGUGUGGAGGCAGUUUUACAUCUCACAUACAGUGCAAGUACGAAUGUUUGCAGAGGCACAUCCAUCGCUGUCGUACCUCGAAGUGUCAUUGGAAUCCCCCGAUACGGGACGAAUCCUUCAGGAGCACACGGGCAUUCCCGACUUUUGCUGGGGAAACUGCAACCCGGACCCCUCCAAUGGAAUGUGCGGUGUCUUGGAAAAGAUGAGACGGUUCAAGGCGCAAAAAAGGUACGAAGAGAAACAAAAAAAUCAAAAGAAUGCCAGAGAAGCAGUGAGGAAUAGGAGAAAACAGCAACAGCAGCAGCUGCUGCCGUGGCAACCACGCAAAAGUAAAAAUCAAUCCACAACUCCUCGCAAGAAGACCAUCGAAGCUGACGGGGUUCGUACGGACGAUGAGUGGAAAGCCAUCCUAAAGGCAUUUGAUCUGCUAAAGGGCACGCCCAUCGAAGAAGCUACAGGUCAUUGA